CAGAGAGCGGCUGCUUUGGGGGACGGAAGGUCACGUGAGGCUUCUUGGUCCCGUGGGUGGAGACGAAAAGCUGCGGUUAAGGAGGGUCGGAUUUAACCGUCACGGGGAAGCGCGCUCUACGGGAUCGCGGAGGGGGCUGAGAUAGUGAAUUCCCAAGAAGAAAAUAAUGGAUUUCAUAUUAGUUAUUCUCUAAAUGUUUGGACUCAGCAGCGUAUAGGUUUGUUGCAAAAGCUAAAAGAAGAUGGCAACUCCUUAUGUCCCAGUUCCUAUGCCCAUAGGGAACUCUGCUUCCACAUUUACAACCAACAGAAACCAAAGAAGUUCUUCUUUUGGGAGUAUCUCAACAAGUUCAAACUCUUCCAAAGGCCAGUUAGAGGACUCAAAUAUGGGUAAUUUUAAACAGACAAGUGUACCUGAUCAAAUGGAUAGUACUUCAUCUGUCUGUAGCAGUCCCCUCAUUAGGACUAAAUUUACAGGUGCAGAUUCUUCCAUUGAGUAUUCUACUAGACCAAGAGAAAGUGAGGAACAAAAUCCUGAAACAGUGUGUUUGGAAGAUAGACCUUCUACACCUACUAUAUUGGGUUAUGAGGUGAUGGAAGAAAGAGCCAAAUUUACCGUAUAUAAAAUACUAGUAAAGAAAACCCCAGAAGAAAGCUGGGUGGUUUUCAGAAGAUACACUGACUUCUCUAGGCUUAAUGAUAAAUUAAAAGAGAUGUUUCCAGGCUUUCGAUUAGCACUUCCACCAAAACGCUGGUUCAAAGAUAAUUACAAUGCCGACUUUUUAGAAGAUAGACAAUUAGGAUUGCAAGCAUUUCUUCAAAAUUUAGUGGCUCACAAGGACAUUGCUAACUGCCUCGCAGUGAGAGAAUUUCUUUGUCUGGAUGAUCCGCCAGGUCCAUUUGAUAGCCUAGAAGAAAGCAGGGCUUUCUGUGAAACUUUAGAAGAGACAAAUUACCGUUUUCAAAAAGAACUACUUGAAAAACAAAAAGAGGUGGAAUCACUGAAGAAACUGCUCAAUGAAAAGCAACUUCAUAUAGAUACUCUAGAGAACAGAAUUAGAACAUUGUCUUUAGAACCUGAAGAAUCACUGCUCAUGUGUGGAGCGGAAGGUGGACACAUCCCAAAGGUGGAGUCCUCUGCACCUGAGGUUGAUAGAGAUGAUUUACAUGAAGAAUCUAGAGCUGAUGAUAAGCCAUGCUUAAGUUUGAGUGAACCUGAAAAUUCUGUAUCAGACAUAGAAGUAGCAGAAGUGGCAUACAGUGCUGAGGACGACUAACUGCGAGCAGUUCCUUCCAUUUCUAUGUUUCGGCAAAUUUAGAAUAGAGUGGGAAAUAGUUAAAAAUAAAAGAAAGACUGAAGCAUUUACAGAAAACAAAAAGAUUGCACAUGUAUAAAGUUUACAUAAAGAAAAGUUUUUUAAGUUAUUGGGAUAGGAAAUGUAUUCAUUGCUGCUUUAAACUAUCUUUUAUCCAACCUUUGUAUUUAAUACACCAAAAAAAAAUCUAGUUAGAAUUCUGUUAUCAAAACUAAAUUCUUAAAUAAUGUGCAUAAAUUAUUUUGGCUUUUUGCCAAUAUAUUGCUCCAAACUAAUGUGUGUAUGUGCGUGUGUGUGUGUGUGUGUAUGCGUGUCUGUGUUUGUGUUUAAAUUGCCAAUUAUAUCAGUUAAGUGGACAUUAAAUGCAUGUUGCUAUCUGGUUGAUAUAUACUUCUUUGUAUCUCUGACAUGAUAUAUUUUCAUUAGUGGUUUAAAUCAGUGGUAAAGAUGAAUUAAGUUUUAAAUAUUGACAUGUUUGCCAUCUGUAAAUAAAAAUUGCCUGUUGCAAUGUUAUUGCUAUUUAAAAAGAAGAAAACUUUCUAAUACCAAAGGAAAACUAUUUGAAAGAGCUAUAGUAACAUAUACUAGCAUAGCUAAAGUGAUAAAAUAGCCUUGAUUUUAAAAGCUAACUCAUUAUCAGAAUAUUAUAAGUGUCCUAGUUUAUUAUAAUAUGUUGUACUGAUUUUCCACAUAAUCUUUAUCUUAAAUCUCUACCUGUAGAAUCAGUGAGUUUGCCUCUUUCAGAAUACUACCUCUUUUUGCUAAUCAAAAUAUACUCUUUUGAAAAUAUUGAUUCUAAGCAAAUAGGGAGUUAUACAAAAAAAACACAAAAUAAAAAGCCAUAUAUACUAUAAAGUUCCUAACUAUGUUGACUCCUGGGAUUGAAUUUUUAUCUCUGCAUAUGUGAAUAUGUUGCUAUAAUGUAUUAAGGCUGAUUUUCCUUUUAAUAUAUUUAGCCAAGUGAUGCACUUUAUGAUAAUUAAACUCUUUUGUGCCAAGUUUAAUUGGUGAAUUUCUUUAGUAAGUGGAGUUAGGAAAAACUUAUGUAGUGCCUUCACUGUUUCACUUUUAUACACCAGUCUGCUAGAAUCUGUGUCAGCUUUAUGAAAAAGUGCUUAUUUCAGAUUUGCUUAUAGUUGUUCAAAGUGCCUUGUUUCGUUUUUAUAAUAUGUAGUUACUCAUUUAUUUUCUAUUUCCACUGCUUUGCAUAUUGCUGUUAAUAAGUACUGUGAUCAUGCUAGCAUUCUGAAAUUCCACUUGGUUUUUUGAACUGCAUGUGCUUUCUAAAAGCUGAGGGAAACUUACUAGGGAAAUAGAAUAACGAUCUCCAGUUUUGUUUUCUUCACUAUCUAAAAGUUUAUCGGUAUCUUGAUGUACAUAUUAAAAUGUGGUUGUUUAAAAUUCUACUUAAGUAGAUAAAAGAUCAAUUGGCUAUUGUCAACUUUUGAUCUAAAAAGGGACUGCUUUUUACCAAAGGACCAAAAAUUGUAAAAAAAAAAAAAAAAAACCUUUGUCCAAAUGCACAGGUAUGUUUUGUCUCAAAAUAUAUUCCACAAAGUAUACUAGAAAUGUGUUUACUAUCUUGGGAGAUAGAAAGAAUGUAAUAAACUAUUCUAUCUGUUCAUUUCAAAUAUUCUAGGCCUAAAAAGGCAUAAAAAGAACAAUCAUUUAAAUUAAUAUCAUUUUUAGUCGAAUAAAACAAGAUGAUCUUUGCUGAAUUUUAGAUGUUAUAGUGCUAUAUUCAUGUCUGCUUUAAAGUGAACCAUACAUUUUCAAAAUCUAGCCUUUAAGAACAUUGUAUGUAAAGUUUUGGAUGAGUAAAGAAAAACCCUUGUUGAUAAGCCACUAUUAUUUAUAUUUAGAAUUUACUUUUUUUUUUUUACUUUUGUGAUGCAUUUUAUUCCCAGUAUUAUAUUCAUUUAAUAAAUUAUUUUUUCAGUACA